CUAUCUUGCUUACAUUCUUCCAACUUGUCUGGUUUUUAAGGUUUUUUUCUUUACUGAACAAGCGAGGAAGCGGGAGAGAACAGAAGAGAAACGAGCACAGAACGGUAUUUUGUGAAAAUAAUGCAGACUAGAACAGUUGAAGUAGGACAUGUAUCAGAUCUAGCUGGAGAAAGAGAAAUUCAGGAAUUUUUUUCUUUUUCUGGAGAUAUAGAACACAUAGAGAUCCAAUGUGAAGCUGGGAAAUCGAAGACUGCGUUUGUCACAUUCAAAGAUCCGAAAGCACUGGAAAUUGCUUUGCUGUUAUCGGGGGCAACCAUAGUAGACCAGGUUGUGACUAUAACACCUGUUGAAAACUAUGUACCAAAGGUUGAGGAAGUAAGGAUAAUGGACAGUACAGCAACUGUAGCUUCAGAGGGAAACCCUGUACCAAAUGCUGAGACUAAAAGCAGUUCUAGAAAUGGACGGAUAUAUGCCAGUAAAGCUCAGGAUGUUGUUGCAAGCAUGCUGGCUAAAGGCUCAGCUAUUGGACAAGAUGCCAUGAAUAAAGCUAAAGCAUUUGAUGAAAAGCACCAAUUGACAGCCAGUGCAUCUGCCAAGGUCAUAUCCUUUGACAGGAGAGUUGGGCUUACAGAGAAAGUAACUGUUGGAAUUUCUGUGGUUAAUGAGAAAGUGAAGUCAGUGGAUCAAAGGUUGCAUGUAUCGGAUAAAACAAUGGCUGCAUUAACUGCAGCAGAAAGGAAGUUGAAUGACACAGGAUCAGCUGUCAAAACAAGCAGGUAUGUAACUGCAGGAGCAGCUUGGCUAAAUGGAGCUUUCAGUAAGGUGGCAAGGGUUGGGCAAGUAGCAGGUACAAAAACUAGAGAAAAGUUUCAGCUAGCUGUGUCAAAUUUGACUGCGAAGGAUCCUCCUAUUGCUGCAUAAACCUGUAAAGUUCAUUGCGGCAUACUGUUUGUAGAUCCCUUGCAUAUAAUGCAAUUUAUAGCCUGUGCUAACCUUCAAAUAGUAUUGGAAAUGGGGAACUUGAAGGUGCAAGGGAAUGAAACAAAUGUGUGGUCUCCCAGGAAUGAUAUUUGGUUUAUGCAGUUUGAUUGGUGAGAUUGCUUUUUGUUUUUCCAAGCGGUUCAUUUUUUUUUUUUUAUGUUUCCUUUUAAUUUUUCUUCUUUUUCCUUGCCCCCUCCUUUUUAGGGGUGUUUAGUUAGUAGCGUGGUCUGUGUGUUCUUGUGUUUUAUUUUUACUUAUUUAUUUUUUAUUCUUAUUGUUUGAAAUUUGUAUUGGAAAGUAGCGUGGUCUAUGGUGUUCUUGUCCCUGACCAUUGAAGUAAAUACGUUCAUCAGUGCAAUUGUGUGACAAUCUCAUCAA